ACCUCGACCACCACCCAGCCAAGCCAACUGCCGAUAAGCUAUCGCUGGCAUUGAGCAUGUCUCUAUCGCAGCGGCCUGUCGGACCCGACCCGACAGUUUGGGACGCGGCGUGGCAAGCCUUGGUUAGGGUGACCAAGCAGCGAGUGACCCUGGAUUUGCUGUGGAUCUGCUGAGCGUCGUGCUUCUCUGCUGAAGAUAGCACCGCAGAACCUGUGAUGGCGUGAUCGCCCCGGGGAUGGUACGUGCAUCCACUGCCCAGGAUAUAAUUCUCAGUUCAAGCACGCUCCGUGCUCCCUUUGGUGUGUUCGAUGCGGCCAUCCGGACUCUGGACAUUCAAUUGCUCCGCAGCUCAGAACGAAACCAGCCCCUGAUCACCCUCACGCCGGAGCGACGCGCACGUGCCAGGAAACAUGGCGCAUUCGGUCAGCGAGAAGGAGCGCGAGCUUGACAGUGGCUCCAAGAAUGACGUCCGUCUUGGCGAGGCUCGCGUGCCCGACGCGCAGCCGCGCACUCUGCGCCAGAAGAUCUCCGCCGUGGUGUGGGACUCGCUCGACAAGACGCCCCAGGAGCGCAAGUUCAUCUCGAAGAUCGACUGGUGGAUCCUCUCGUAUUGUUGUGUCGCCUAUUUCGUCAAAUACCUUGACCAGACCAAUGUCUCGAAUGCCUAUGUCUCGGGCAUGCAGAAGGACCUUGCCAUGGGUGGAAAUCAGCUCAAUUUGUUGACUACUUACUGGAAUGUCGGCUACAUCAUCGGCCAGCUUCCUUCUCAGCUUGUUCUCACGAAGAUCCGCCCUUCUAUCUGGUUGCCCUCGCUCGAGAUCAUCUGGAGCAUUCUCGUCAUCGGCAUGGCCGGGGCCAAAAACGUUGAGACGCUGUACGCCUUGCGGUUUUUUGUCGGCCUGCUCGAAGCAUCCGCGUACCCGGGUAUCAUGACGCUACUAGGUAACUGGUAUACGCCUGCUGAGCUAGGCAAGCGCGCCUGCAUCUUCCAGGCCUCUUCGUCCGCCGCACAGAUGUUCUCGGGCUAUCUCCAGGCUGCGCUUUACAGUGGCAUGAAUGGCCGUGGCGGACUGGCAGCCUGGCAGUGGCUUUUCGUAUUUGACGGCAUCAUCGGCAUCCCCAUCGCCGCGUACGGCUACUGGGCCAUCCCCGACCAGCCUACCUCGUCCAAAGCGCGCUGGCUCAAGGAAGAGGACCGCGCCAUGGCCAUUGGCCGUAUGGAGUCGUGUGGCCGCGCGCCGAUGAAGAAGCUGACGUGGAAGAUUAUCCGCGAGAUCCUGACCUCCUGGCCUGUGUAUCUCUUCUGCACCAUCUUCAUCUUCCACGUGCUCGGCAUCCGCAUCUAUGCGUACAUGAACCUCUGGCUCAAGGCAACGGGCCUGUACACGACCGAGGAGGUCAACAUCAUCCCGACGGCUGGCUAUGGCGCGCAGAUCUUCUUCACCCUGACGUACGCGUGGACGAGCGACGCCAUCGGCCUGCGCUGGCCCCUGAUCAUCGUGGCCUGCCUGAUCGCCAUGGCCGGCACCAUCAUCCUCUCCGUGUACCCGGAGGGCAACAUCCCCGCCAUGAUGGCGGGCUGGCUGCUCACUUUUCUCGAGACCGGCGCGGGCGCGCUCAUCAUCACGUGGAUCAACGAGGUGUGCUCGCACUCGGCCGAACACCGCGCGAUCAUCAUCGGCGUGGUCGAGACCGCGGCCUUCACGUUUCAGGCGUGGGUUCCGCUGCUGGUGUACAACACGGGUGAAGCCCCCAAGUUCAGGAUCGGCUACAAGAUGGCCACAGUGUUCUUUGGACUCGAGAUCGUCAUGACGCUGGCGAUCUUGUACUGUGCCAAGAAGUGGCCGCAGAGGAAGCGAGAGGAGACUGCGUCGUUGUCUGACGAGGGUGUGGCAGUAUGAUUGGAGGACUAGUCUGUUCGAGCGGUUCAGAGGGUCCGCUGUGUCUUCCGGGCAAAUUAGGCACCACUAAGCUGCCGUAUCUUGCAUGCAAAUAUAAGGUCCAGGAAUUCCGUCGUUGUUGGUCACAUGUCUGAGAAAGAGAGAAAGUCUUUGCUACAGCAACCAGGUCACGUAUCGAGAUAUCG